CCGCCGGGCUCCGGCGUGCACCGCCUCAAGUGCCACAUCGACAUCCCAGACGCGACGGCCGAGACGGUGUACGACGUGCUGCACGACGGCGAGUACCGGCGCAGCUGGGACACCAACGUCAUCGACAUGCACGACAUCGCCCAGGUGGCCGCCAACGCAGACGUGGGCUACUACGCCUGGCGGUGCCCAAAGCCCUUGAAGAACAGGGACGUGGUGACACUGCGCGCCUGGCACGUUCAGGAUGGCUAUCACGCCAUCAUCAACUUCUCUGUCAAGCACCCGAAAUACCCUCCACGCAAGGAUCUGGUGAGGGCAGUGUCUCUCCUAACGGGGUAUCUGGUGCAUUCAACUGGGCCCAGCAGCUGCCGCCUGACUUACCUGGCUCAGGUGGAUCCCAAAGGGUCGUUGCCGAAGUGGGUUGUAAAUAAAGCCUCCCAGUACCUGGCGCCAAUGAUGUUGAAGAAACUGCACAAGGCCUGUGUGAAGUAUCCUGCGUGGAAGCAGCAGCACGACGUAGCCAUGAAACCCUGGCUGUAUCCCGAGCAGAACACGCUUCCCACCCUGGCGCUGUCGGAGCUGGCGCUGCAGCGUGCCGCCUCGCUGGAGAACAUCGACGAGAGCGGCCUGUCCGAGGUGAAGGACGAGCGGGGCGACCACAGUGGCUCGGAGAACUGAU